UUGAGUCACCGGGAAAACCGUUACUCGAGCGAGAAAGCCGACACUCUCAUCCCGAUCGGGCUCCUCGGUUCUUCAGAUUUCCUAACCCGGGUCUUACAGCAGUCGCACCGCCCACGCAGUCCUCUCCACGGGGUUGAAAUGUUACACUUUCGGUCCACGGUAGCGCUCAAGGAGUUGUUUCAGACGCAGCUGAAGCGGCCGCUGACGGGGAGAGUUGGCGUGAAAGCGGCACCUGCAUCCGCCGUCUGCUUGGAUGGCAGGUCGCCGGGCAGAGGGAGGGCAUUUACCGGCUGGAGAGCCCCGCCGCACUUCGCUCGAAAGAACGGCUUGAGAGGCUUUUGCUCAAAGGGUGACGGCCACAAUGAAGCCUCCAAGGACUCUGCAACAGAGAAGAGAAGGAAGGCAGGAAUCCUGCCCAGCCUGGAGGAUCUGCUCUUCUACACCAUCGCAGAGGGACAAGAAAAAAUCCCUGCACACAAGUUCACCACAGCUCUUAAAGCCACCGGGCUUCGCACAGGAGACCCCCGGCUGAAGGAAUGUAUGGAGAUGCUGAAGGUGACCCUGAAGACCACCUCAGACGGAGCCCUGGACCGGCACCUCUUCAAAAAAUGUGUCCAGAGCAACAUUGUUCUGCUCACCCAGGCCUUCAGGAAGAAGUUUGUCAUUCCAGACUUCCAGCCCUUCUGCGCCCACAUCGACGAGCUCUACGAUACCGCCAAAAACAUGUCGGGAGGUCAGGUGGCGGACUACAUUCCCCAGCUGGCCCGCUUCAGCCCAGACCUGUGGGCCGUCGCCCUGUGCACGGUGGAUGGACAGAGGCACACUGUCGGCGACACCAAGGUUCCCUUCUGCCUGCAGUCCUGCGUGAAGCCGCUGAAAUACGCCAUCGCCGUCCACGACCACGGCACCGAGUACGUGCACCGCUUCAUCGGCAAAGAGCCCAGCGGCCUGCGGUUCAACAAGCUCUUCCUGAACGAGGACGAUAAACCCCACAACCCCAUGGUUAAUGCCGGUGCUAUCGUCUGCACCUCCCUCAUCAAGCAAGGAGCAAGCAACGCCGAGAAGUUUGAUUACGUGAUGAACUUCAUGAACAAAAUGGCGGGAAACGAGUACGUGGGCUUCAGCAACGCCACUUUCCAGUCAGAACGAGAAUCCGGAGACAGAAACUUUGCCAUCGGCUACUAUCUGAAGGAGAAGAAGUGUUUCCCGGAGGGCACAGACAUGACCGCCAUCCUGGACUUCUACUUCCAGCUGUGCUCCAUCGAGGUGACCUGUGAGAGCGCCAGCGUCAUGGCGGCCACUCUGGCCAACGGCGGCUUCUGUCCAAUCACGGGGGAGCGCGUGCUGAGCCCCGAGGCGGUGCGAAACACUCUGAGUCUGAUGCACUCCUGCGGCAUGUACGACUUCUCCGGCCAGUUCGCUUUCCACGUGGGCCUGCCGGCUAAAUCCGGUGUCGCCGGCGGCAUCCUGCUGGUCGUUCCCAACGUGAUGGGCAUCAUGUGCUGGUCUCCUCCGCUGGACAAGCUGGGCAACAGCGUCAGAGGCAUCCAGUUCUGCACGGACCUGGUGUCCCUCUGCAACUUCCACAACUAUGACAACCUGAGGCACUUUGCCAAGAAGCUGGAUCCUCGCAGGGAAGGAGGAGACCAGAGGGUGAAGUCUGUGAUCAACCUGCUGUUCGCUGCCUACACAGGAGACGUCUCGGCCCUGAGGAGGUUUGCGUUGUCGUCCAUGGACAUGGAGCAGCGGGACUACGACUCCAGGACGGCCCUGCACGUGGCGGCUGCAGAGGGGCACGGCGAGGUGGUUCGCUUCCUGCUGGAGGCCUGUAAAGUCAAUCCGGUGCCCAGAGACAGGUGGGGCAACACGCCGAUGGACGAGGCGGUGCACUUCGGCCACCACGACGUCGUGACCAUCCUGCGCGACUACCACAACAAGUACAGCCCUCAGGAAAGCACCGACGACAAGCAGAACGCAGAGAAGAACCUGGACGGGAUGCUCUGAUGGAGGACGAGUGUGUGAGGACGGUAUGCUCUGAGGGAAACCAAGAAACAUCCACACGUAGACGCAACUCAACUGUAUAGUGAAAAAAAAAAAACCCUUUAUAGACCGAGUUAGAAGAACAGAAACCCCUUAAAAAAGCCCUUAAGUCCAGGGCAGCCGCCACCCUCGUGCUGUGAACGCUCCUCAUCAUGUUGUUAUUAGGUGUUGUUGGGUUUUAUAUCACCGUCUGUUCUCUGAGUGGGGGCUGUUUCGGUUCUCAUUUCUCCUUGUGUGUGUAACUGUUAGCUGGUAGCCGCCUGCUACGCCAUCAUGUGCUGUUCAUUGUGACGACAGACGGUUUCCUCACUUCAUCAUCACGGUGUGGUGGAAUGUAUCUGGAAUGUGUGCGUGCUAUUUAUUCAUCUCUGUAAGAUAAACUGUACAGUCGUGUAGUGAGUGUGUGUGUGUGUGUGUGUGUGGGAGGAGGUCGGUCGGUGUAAAUAGGUCCGGGUGUGUAGCUCCGUCUGCUCUGGUGCGAUCAGGAGGUGUGACGUCGUUACACCAAAACCCCGGAAACCGAAGUUUGAGGCGAAUAUUUCCUGCUUUAAAUAGUGAAACAUUCAGAUUAGAAGCUUUUUGUUCUCUGAAAGCCUAAAACUGGACUUUUUGUUGUUUUUUUUUUAAACUCUUUUGUUGUUGUA